AUGAAGAUCCUCUUUCUCUGCACGGCGUUCAAUUCGCUCUCCCAGCGUCUCGCUCUCGUCCUGCGACAGCGCGGCCAUGCCGUCACUGUCGAGCUCGCGCUUGACGCUGCGCGGAUGAUCGACGCGGUCGCCCUCGCCGCCCCCGACCUGAUCCUAUGCCCCUUUCUCACCAAGCGCGUGCCCCCCCAAGUUUACAACAGCACCUUGACACUCAUCCUACACCCAGGCCCCCCAGGCGAUGCCGGCCCGUCGGCCAUUGACCUCGCCCUCUUUGGCGACACAGGCGAGCUCGCCCACCUCGACGAACAGCUUGCCGUCCUCGCCCUGCGCCACGCCAAACCUGGCGUAAAGAGGUGCAUGCGCAGCCACUGGGGUGUCACAUGUCUGCAGGCCAUCGAGGCGUUCGAUGCUGGUCCCAUUUGGGGAUUUGACCAGUUCGCGCUCGAUGAUGAGACGGCGCGCAUGUCCAAGUCGGAGCUGUACCGCGGCCCGAUUACGUCUGCGGCGAUCGCCGCGACCCUUGUCGCGCUCGAGCGCAUCGCUGCCGCGCACGCGCCUGCGCGCACGCUCCCGUUCCCCGUCGAUCUCGUCGCGCCCGCCGAGGCGCGCAGCCAGUGCGCCUCGCGCCGCCUCCCCUUCCAGGGUGGCACGACGCGCGACCGUCCGCUGCUCAAGGCGAGCGCGCGUGAUUUUGUCCCGCUCAUCAUCGGCGCUGGCAGCACACGCAUGAGUGCAGAGGCGAUCGUGCAGCGCGUCAACAGCGCCGACUCACAGCCCGGCGUGCUGUCCGCGCUGCUGUUUGGCACGCCACUCUUUCUGUACGACGCCCAUGUCCAGACCGCGCCACUGCGCGCCGACGUCGCCGCUGUUGCCGCAGCGGCAGCAGCUGCUGCAGGCACGGUCUCGGCACCCAUCGGCACGGUGCUUGCGAUUCGUGAUGAGGCUGUGCUCGUCGAGUGCGGCGCCGAUUAUCCCAUCUGGUUCUCCCAGUUGCGCCGACCCAAGGCCAAGGCGGACCGGUAUCUGCACCCCAAGCUGCCUGCCACGCGCAGUCUCGCAGAUCUCGCCGCCAGCAGUGGUGGCGCUGGCAACGACAAGGUAACACAGGCGCUGCUAGACGCAGUCGACUGGCGCAUCGAGGAGAAUGGUCAUGAUGCCGCCGCAGGCAGGCGCAGCGACGAUGCGCCGUGGCGCAAGGUCCACGGGACGUACCAGCAGAUCUGGGUCGAGAUGGAGGCGGUGGACGACGCGCGCCAGGUCGCAUACGUCUACUUUGAUUUCUACAACGGCGCCACAUCAACGACACAGUGUCUGCGCCUGCGCGCGGCGCUCGACUGGGUGCUUGCGCAGCCGCGCCUAGCGGCGCUCGUGCUCAUGGGCGGCAGCGCCUACUUUAGCAACGGCAUUGCUCUCAACGUCAUUGAGGGCGCAGGAGGAGCAGCCCAAGGCACAGUCGACGACGCGGCGCAGGAGUCGUGGGACAACAUCAACGCCAUCGACGAUGUCGUGCAGCCACUGCUGCUGGCGAAUGCGCGGGGACGUGGAUAUGCCGGCGCCGGCGUUCUGACGUUUGCUGCUCUCAGAGGCAACGCCGCCGCCGGCGGGCUCGCGCUCGCGGAUGCAUGCGACGUUGUGCUCGCCUCGGAACACGUCGUGCUCAACCCGCAUUACCGCGGCCUCGGACUGUACGGCUCUGAGUACCAUACGUUCAGCUGGGCGCAGCGCAGCAGCGAGACCAGCAGUGGCAGCGUGCACGCGGUGCCGAGCUACGCGCGCACGAUGUUGCCCAUGAGCGUUGAGCAGGGCGUGAGCGCAGGGCUUGUCGACCAUGUUGUGCCGCACAGCCAGUCAAGCCCACUGCAGCUCGUCGAGGAGGUCAAGCAGCGCGUUCGGAUGGUCCUCUGCGCCAGCGUCGCGCAGGCCCAGGCUGCACGUCGCGACGGCAGCAGCAGCGUGCUCGGUUGCGGCGCGGUGUGGACGCGCUUGCGUGCGCCGCGGGCGCAGGCACUGGCGCAGGACCAAGGUAGUCCCGAGAACAAUAACGUGCUCCUGUCGCAGCGCAUGCUAGAGAACAAGCGCGCGUAUCUCGCCGCGCUGUUUGGUCAGUCGUCAUUGGAAGCUGAGCCAGAGACGCUUGCCAGGCACUUUGAAGAGCUGCGCAGGAAGGAGCUGGAGCUGAUGGCGCUUGACUUUUGGCACCCUCACCGUAGCAAGCGCUACCACACCCGUCGCGUCGCGUUCGUCCGCAAGCUCCUGCCGCAGGCCACUGCAACACGCUUUGCGCUGCACCGCCGCUUUGGCGCCGCCUGGGCCGAGCGGCAGGCUGCUGCCGACGCCGACAUUGACGUCGAUGGCGCCCUCCUGGACGAGGAGGAACUGGACGAAUUUGACGGCCUUGGCGGAAUCUCAAGCUUUGAUAUCACAAUCCCGCCCUGGCCACGUGCGCCAUCUUCGCUGGGUAAGAUGGUCCGCAGCGCCUCAGACGCAACGGCCAUCUCGCUUCCUUCGUCUGACGAUGCCCCUGACUCUGGCCCCUCAACGCCCGGCGGGCACAGUAUCAUCAGCGCCGCCACAACCGUUGCGUCGGAUAUUGCCGCCGAGAUUGGUACCAGCGACAAGGUCAGCAUUCACACCGCCCUCGCUGCGGGUCCGGUGGACGCGACAGGAGCAGCGGCGGCCCCCGCCAUUGCGCUUAUGGCGCCCAGUCCCGAGCUGGGCUCGAGCGCGCAGUGCGGCGGCACCCCCAGCUGCCGGGCUGAGCAACGACUGGCGGCGGUGGUGGUGCCGCGCCUCGUCAGCUUCGAGCCGACGGUCGAUGACGCGAGCAAGUACCCCAGCAAGCGCUCCAGCAUCUCGAUCAACCAGGCGCGCGCCGCUGCUGCGCGUGGCAAGGGUCCAUCAUCGUCGCCGUUGGCAAAUGCUCAGGCGCAGCAGCAGCAGCCCCGCCUCUUGUCUCCCGACAAUGCCAGCGGCGGCAACGGUAUAAAUUCAGCGGCGGCGGCCAGCGCCAAGAAGACGAAGCGGCGUUCGCUGUCCAUCGGCGGCGUCCCCGCCGCUGCAUGGCGAAAGUUCAAUGCCAGUUUCAUUGCCGAGGAACCAGCUCCCGGACCCGCGUUGCCCCCGCUCCCGUCAAGCGUAGCUGCGGCUGCGGGCGCCCAGCGUUCUUUGCAGCAGCAGCAAGAUGUCAAAGGACAGGCAGCUUUGCCUGCAGGCAGGUCCUCGACGCUCCCGCGCAUGCUGUCUUUCAUGCGUCGUAAAAAACUCGAAGAGUCUGCAUUCAAGACUCCGCCGCUGCCUUCCAACGCUGCCUUCCGUCCCGCUGCAGGCGGCGCCGGCGUUCAGGAGCAGCAGCAAGGCAGUAACGACGUCCUGCAACCGAUGCAGACACAGACGCCGACAGAAGACAUUGCCGCCCCACCACAUGCAAGCAGCUGCUAUUAUUCCGAGACGGGCGCAAACUGCGUCAAGGUGUGA